CCGCCGUGCAUUUCUAAAGCAUCUGCCAAAAACCCGAAGAACGCUUUGACAUCUGUUCUGACCAUCGAGCUGGACGCCAGCCUCCUCGAUCUGAUUCGAUAAACUUCGCUCCUAAUCAGUCCAAAUUCAUCCUUCACACCAAAAUGGGACAAAAAUGUCAGAUUUAACCCUUCUCGUCCCGCUGGCGACAUUAAAGCGAGAUGAUGAUGCGUCCGGUGUCCAGCAGCGGCGGCGGCAGUGGUGUGGGCAGCAGUGAGUACUGUAUGGACAGCAGAGCGUCGUGUCUAGCAGAGGACGAGCGCUUGUCUCCUAGUCACUUUGAUCUGUGUCCCACUAAGUUCUUCCAGUCCGCCAGCGCUGCGCGUCCCCGUCAGACCUGCUUCUCGUACCUGCCCCCGCCAGCCCCGGGGCUCCUGAAAGUUGCAUCAUGCCGUCAGGAGCCACUCCUGCCGCAGGGGCCCGCCAGCGCUCCUGGGACCAACAAGAGCUCCGAUUCCAAGAAGAAGGCGGCGUCAGGGCGGUCAGGGAAGCGUGGCCGGCCCACAGGGACCACCAAACUUGCCGGAUACAGAACCAGCACCGGCAGACCGCUGGGCACCACCAAGGCUGCAGGCUUCAAGACCAGUCCAGGACGGCCCCUGGGAACCACCAAGGCAGCGGGGUAUAAAGUGAGCCCCGGGCGGCCCCCGGGCAGCAUUAAGGGUCAGCCGCGGCUCAGUAAAGUGGCCUACAGCUCCUGCAGCGCCGCCGCGUUCCCCUACAGCAUCAUCAACAAACCUGCAGCCACCACCACUGCAGAGAACACACUCAAAGAGGAGCAGAGCACGGAAUCACCAAAGAUGUUGCUGCAGGCUCCGCCGUUCCUGCUGAGCGGCUUCCCGAAGACUCCUCCGCCGCUGGCGCUGGUGUCCGCUGAGGUGUUUUCCCAGAGCUCCUCGUGUCCUGAUGGCGGCCCGGCCAGAGCGCUCACACUGCCUGUACACAGCGCACUGCCCUCAUACUCCUGAACUCAACACACACACACACACACACACACACACACACACAGCAUCUGCCCUACAGUCGAAGUUUACUUCUGUUCACUUAUUUCCCCAGAGCUGUUCAGCAGAGGGACUUUUCCAACACAUCGUGGCUUUUAAUAAGUCAUUUGUCUUCUACUAGUGUUCAGUUUAAAGUCGUCAUGAUAGCAUAACCCGCUCUUCUUAUCUGUAUAUGUAUAUAAUAGUGCUCGUUAUAUGCCGUGUGUCUGUGCAUUUUAUUAUUCAGUAGAAAUGUAUUUGCCUUC